GGGCCGUUGGUUUGGUGGAGAAGGCAGAUGUGAAAAGGCAGUUCAACAGAGUACAUAUCUAAGAGUAUGGACUCUGGAGUCAGACCGUUUUGUUUCAGAACAGUCCAGAUUUCAUCACUUCCAAACCAUGUGACCUGAGACAAAUUAAGUAACAUCAGUUUCUGUUCAGUUAAACAGAAUCUAGACCAUAAAGGGCUGUGAAGAUGAACAGGUAGACAGUGCUUGAUUCUACAAUAAAAACUCAGUGUUUUCUGUUACCAUAUAGUAAGCAAACAAUGCAGAUACAUUAUAGUAACAGUCAUGCUGUAACAAGCAGUUUUGUCCAAAAGUGCCCUGGAGGUCCUUGAGUUGCUUGGACUAAGAGCUAGCUUGGACCAGGAUCUCUCCUCCCAGAGGGAAGAGCCAUAUCUAAGCUUCCAGCCCUCUCCAUAGGGGUUCCCUAGACAACUCUGUCAACACUGGCACUUAAUAAACAUAGGUCAACCAAACAGUGGACCUAUGGCCCCCAAUGACAAGGCUGCUUUCUUAACAUUGACACUGAGAAGUUAGAAGGAGCUCUUCCCUGAAACAGCAGCACCUCUCUCCAGAAUUCCCUUUUGUGGGAUGAUGGAAGAAUCACAGGACCUGUGCUCAUUUUACUGACCCCUAGCUGGAGCUACCUAAAGAAUCAGAAUUCUUAGACACAGACUUUCAUUCCCUCCCUGCCUCAACUGAGCAGCAUUUUCAGACUGUCUCGGCCAAGAAUGUCAGGAAAAACUGCAGCUUUGGCCUACCAUGCUUCGAAAGAACAAGAAGGACUUAUAGUUGUGAAGGUUGAAGAAGAGAAUUAUGUUUGUGGGCAGGACUUUGGCCUUCAGGGAGACACCUGUGGCCUGGAGACCUUCCGCCAGCAGUUCAGGCACUUUGGUUACUCUGACUCCUCUGGGCCCCGGGAGGCUCUGAACCGGCUCCGGGAGCUUUGCCAUCAGUGGCUGAGGCCCGAGGUGAACUCCAAGGAGCAGAUCCUGGAGCUGCUGGUGCUGGAGCAGUUCCUGGCCAUCCUGCCUGAGGAGCUGCAGGCCUGGCUGCGAGAGCACCGGCCCGAGAACGGAGAGCAAGCCGUGACUAUGCUGGAGGAGCUGGAGAAAGAGCUUGACGAACCAAGGCAACAGGACACGGCUCAUGGCCAAGGAAUGAUCUGGAAGGAAAUGACAUCCAUAGGAACACUGAAGUCUCUGAGUAUACAGCUCCAGCCCUUGGAGAACCAGUGCAAGAGUGAGACUCAAGAGUCCCAGGCUUCCCACGAGGGAGAUGGCAAGCUGGUGGGUGAUGAAGUAUUAACAACAAAGCAAGAAAUUUUUGAAUGUGUAGCAUCAGCAGCCAUGAUAUCCCCAGGAAGACUCCCUGGGGAAACUCCUUCAGGACAGAUAGUUGAAGAAGCUUUGGGAGGCCUGCACAUCUUUGAGAAGCCAAAAGGAACAGUUGCAAGGAACAAAAUGAGUCAGCUCCCUUCUCAGGAAAGACAUCUUAGUCUGGCGGUCUUCAACAAGAAAAUCUCCACAGAAGAGAGUGUCCUUGGACGUAACGAAAGUGAAAGGACUCUCAGUGUGAACUCAAAUGUUGUAACACGACAGAGAGUUCACGCUGGGGGAAAGGUCUACGAGUGCUUGGACUGUGGGAAAGCCUUUUGCCAGAGCUCAAAGCUGAUUAGACAUCAGAGAAUUCAUACUGGGGAGAGGCCUUAUGCGUGUAAAGAGUGUGGCAAAGCUUUUAGUUUGAGUUCAGACCUUGUUAGACAUCAGAGAAUUCAUAGUGGUGAAAAACCCUAUGAAUGCUGUGAAUGUGGAAAAGCUUUCAGGGGCAGCUCAGAGCUCAUUAGGCAUCGGAGAAUUCACACUGGAGAGAAGCCUUAUGAAUGUGGUGAAUGUGGGAAAGCCUUCAGCCGGAGCUCAGCCCUCAUUCAGCAUAAGAAAAUUCACACUGGAGACAAAGGUUAUGAAUGUACUGAAUGUGGUAAGGCUUUUGGUAGAAGCUCUAUCCUUAUUGAACAUCAAAGAAUUCAUACUGGAGAAAAACCUUAUGAAUGUAAUGAAUGUGGAAAAUCCUUCAAUCAGAGCUCAGCCCUCACGCAGCACCAGAGAAUCCAUACUGGGGAGAAGCCUUAUGAAUGUAAUGAAUGUAGGAAAACAUUUAGGCAUAGGUCAGGCCUUAUGCAGCACCAGAGAACUCACACCAGAGUUUAAGUCUUGGGUAAGAGUUGUAUACUUGUGUCAUACUAGGGAUUCGCUUUGGGGUGAGACUGCACAAAAGUUAGAUGUUUCCUAAGAGCAGAGUUUCUGUCCUUCCUGUCUGAGUCAGUACUUACUGUACGAGCAGAUCCACAAAAAUAUGGUUGUUGACGUGUUGGAUGAGCACUUACACAGUAAGGCCAGGAUUGGGGCAGAGAUCCUGAAAGAGCUUCUUACAUGAUGGACUGAAAGGUGGUGCUUUCAAUGGCAAGGAUCUCUGCCCAGCAAGAACAUCGUGCAUUUGGCAGUUGGAGGCAUGUGCUGAGAGUCAUUCGGUUCUCUGAGGUGUUGAAUUGUGAGGUUGUGAAAUGUUGAAUUCUGUCCUGGAUUAGUUUAUAGCUCAUUCUGCCCCCUUGCCAGUUCUCUCCUCAGCCCUGAGCUUCCAGAGGUCAGUUGAGGUUUGUUUAUUUAUUGAGCACCUGCUAUGUGCCAGCCAUCGGGGGCAGACAUGGCCAUUGCUCUCCCAGAGUUAAGGGCUAAUGGGAUACAUAUAUAUUUAUUAAACAGGUAAUUACAGUAAAGUGUGAUAAGUUCUUUGGUAGGAUAAAUCUUGGAUUCUGUCAAAAUACAAGGGGGGCACCUAACCUGGUUUAGGAGUCACUUAAGCUUCCUGGAGGUGAUGAAAUCUCUGUUGAGGAAUAAAGGGUGUGUACAAAUUAGGCAGAUCAAGGCAAGAGGGAAGAGAACAUUAUAGGCAAAGGUUAUAGCACAUACAAAGGUAUGGAGAGAGGAUCUAUAGAGGUCUCUUCAUCAGGAUUCCUUUCAAGCAGGAAUUUCUUCUCGUAGACCCUGGUUCAGAGGACAUGUGUUGAUUCCUCUCUUUAUAAUCACAGAUUUGGGUAGCCUAUCCCAGACCCAGAGUGACCUAAGAGACCUUGAGGUACCCAGAACAGUCAGUGUGAUUAGGUAGACUUUGGCGCAUCGUAUGGAAAAAGGCAUGUAUGUACACCAUGGAAAGAAGACAUAUUGGAGGCUAGAGGGACAGUGUUGGUGUUCGGUGCCCCUAGGGCUCAGGAAAUGGGAAGCUCACAGAAGCAUAGGAGUGAGAGGUCUGCCUUCCCAAGGUCUACUAUUCCUCAUUUCCUGUCCCCUCCCCUUAUCACCAGCUAGAAGAUACUAAGUUACUUGAAGGCAAUGAAUCCUUAUUGAAUUACGCCCUUAGAUUCCUCAAAACUCUACUUCUCUGUUGAUUUUUAUUUUGGCGGUUUUAAUUAACCCACCAUUAAUUGCUGAAGGCAAUUCAUAUGUAAGAGAAAGUUUGAUUUCUCUUUUAAGAUGUCCUGAUUUCCCUUCCAGAUACUGUUACUUCUGGAGACUUGGUGAUCAAAUCUGUUAUGGGUAAUAGGGAAGGUGAAAUUGGGGGAGGGGGACAGUCUUUAUGUCCACAGGUUGGGGGAUUGUCAUUGAAUGAGGUCAAUCAGAAGUCUAGAGAGACCCUUAAAAUGGAUGAAGUUGCCCUUUCCUAUAGGUGACAAUCAGAUGAUUUCAUGUAAAUUUUAUUUAGUUUUUUUCCCCUGGGUUGUGAAUUAAUUAUAAAUGUUAAUAAUACAGAAAAUGAGAAAGUAGAAAUCACCUUCAAUCCCACCACCUACAGAAACGUUAACAUUUUGGAGUACUUUCUAGUUGUCUUCCCCCAACUCUAGUAUUGGUAAAAAUCUUGCUUGGUAAAUCAUUUUUAAUAAUUGAUUUGAACGUUUAUACUUUUGAGUAUAUACUUAAACUGUUUAGUGUUAGAAUGUAAUGCAAGAUGUAUUGUAAUAAAAUCUGAAUUUUAA